CUUUGGACCGAGUCUCGAUUGUGGAAGAGAGCUAGUACGAGAGGGGGGAUGUGCAGGAAGAGGUUAAACGGGCGGGAAGGGAAAUAAGUCGGGGGGAGGAUAACAGGGAUCUCGCCUCGGUGACGUGAGGGAGCAUGCGAAGUUAGUCACAGUGUUGGAUGGAAAGUUAGCAAUGUAGAAUAAUGAAACUUGAGCGGUUUCGUGAGUUGGCUUGUAUUUGGUGACGAAUUUCCGUGAGUGACCUUCCAUGCGAGCGCAAGGGAAAGGGCGUGGGAGGGGAAGGUGGUCUAAUUGUGGGAGGUACUGGAUGGAGAAUACAACUCCACGACCCCCCCCGCAAGGACUGCAAGCUCCCCCCACGUACCAGCAACCUUUACCUGCGUAUCAACAGCCGAUGGGUGGAAUGUACCAUCCAUCACCGUUGGCACCGUAUGGGUUUACUCCGGUUCAGCAGCAGUUUGCACCAGCCAUUCAACAAGCACCGACUUUUUACCCAGGACAGGCUUCGACAUCGACGAAUGGACAAUACAAUCAAGGAUUUGGGCGUGGGGUUGGAGGUAAUUACCAACCGAGAGUAUUCUUCACAAGGGAGCAUGCCGACUUUAUCGACAAACUGAAGAUGAAGGAUGCCAUUGAGGAGGCACGUAAGAAAGACUUAGAAGAGAUAGCAAGGUUGAAAGAGCUGAGCCAUGAGUCUAUGGGACAGAAAGAGAAAGAGAAAGCUGAUGAUAAAGCAAAAAAGCAGGGUUGUAGAGACAGAGGAAAAGGCAAAGUUGCCAAAGAGGGAAAAGUUGAUGAUAUGAAGAGAUGGGUGGCAGAGAAUUUCGGGAAUUCCUUAAAAAUCCUGACGGAGAAGAUGGAAGUCGUUGAAAAAAAGGCAAAAUUGGAAGAGAGUGAGGUGGAGGAAUUAAGAAAACUGAGAGCUGAGAAAGAACUGAGGGAGUUGAGAGAAAACUCGAGUAAUGAAAAAAGAAAACGGGACACUGCAUCACCUGGGAGGCCACGAGUCGGGAAGGUUAGAUCGCGGUCCGGGCUAUUGAGGAAAGGGGGCAAAAAGAAGACACUUGUGGAGGUGUCAUCGGACGAUGGAGAAAAAAAUGCGGUGGUUCAAAAUUUGAAAGGGAAAUUGGAGGAAUCUGGGGGGAACCUCUCGGAGGUGCUCGUGCUAAAAGACCUUAUCGAGGAAUUAUUAGCAGCAAAGAAUGCUGCAGGGGGCGCAUUUGGUGAAGACAGAAUGAGCCGGAAAGGGAAUGAGAAACAUGGAGAUCCGGAGAAAGGGGAGAAGGGGAAGGAGGCGGUAGAAAAGAUUGAGGAACCUGAUACGACAGCAGAAAAGGAAACUGGGAAGGAGGAGCUUGCCCCUGGUCUGUAUUUCAGAGACAGGGUAGUGUAUUAUGAUGCCAUGCACUACACUGAGAUUCAAUCUCUAUGCAAACAGAAGGGCAUCCCAUACAAAAAGAAGGGGGAGUAUGGGAAUUGGCUAGACUGGACUUCGAAGUGCUGCAAAAGAUUGAAGAACAGAGGGAAGAGAGCAACAAGACCAACAAAGAGACAAGCGAAGACAACAACGAACAUGAGAGUAGCUCUGAGUCAGAAAAAGACUCAGGACAUGAUGACAUCACAAGAGAUUGAACAUGCCUGAGUAAGAGAACCCUCCUGAGGGCCUGCAGAAGAAUCAUAGAUGUCUCUAGCAAGUUUGGUCGUGAGAUAGAGAAGGUUGCUUGUCCUAAUCCUAUGUCUGAGAGGCUUUAUUAGAUGAGGGAAGGUGUAUGUGAAGUAUUGGGUAAAUAUGACAAACGAGCAAAGGAGUGAACUACGCAUGCAAGGAGCUGUGUGUAUCUGUUGAUCUCUCCAUUUUAUAAGCUCACUUAUGUGGGAAAAAGGGAGAGGGCUCUUGAGACAAGAUGGCUGGAACAUCAACGUAGUAUUUUUUCUAAGCAAAAGCAGAAACUGCACCGUUGGUUGGAAAAAGUUGGUGCUGCUAACUAUGUUGCUCUGCCCAUCUUGUUUGGAGAAGGGGUAACCCUUGGAAGAUUGGAAGAAAGUACCAUUGGGUGUACUAAUCCAGGCCUGAACAUGAGAAGAGCCAAAAGAAAGCUAAGUAGAAGAAGUCCAAGAAGGCAAGCAAAAAACUCGGGACAAAGCAAUGAAGUGAGAACACCAUUGUUAUUCAACUGUAAAGAAGCGGGUGUUGUGAAUGAACCAAGCCUCCUAAG